AACAAAGAGAGAGAGAGAGAGAGAGAGAGAGAGAGAGAGAGAGAAAGAGAGAGAGUGGAUCAUAUAACCUCUUCCUUUGCACUGGAUCUCUCAAACUUUUAGGAUUUUCAAUUGACGGCACCGGUGGAGUUCUUUGCACUGAAAUUGCACUUUUCUUGCAGAAGUGCUGUCAAAACACCGACACCAUGUUCCAUUGAUUUGCACUGCAAUAAAAAGUGCAAUUUUAGUGCAAUUUCGGGGAAGAGAUUUGGCACCGAAAAUUUUGUCGGUGCGAGCCAGUGCACUCACUAACACCAACAGCUCAAACGUCAAAAUAAUAUCAUAAUAAUGGCAUCUCAAAAAAUUGCCAUCAGAAACAGAUGUAAACUAGAAAAUAAAUAAUGUUAUUGAAUAAUUAUUGUGUAAAUGAUUAGCUUUAAAUAAUUAUUACGAGAAAAUACUGGUGGAUCGAAUAAACUCAACAGUUUGCCGUUAGCAUUUCCCGUAUCAGAUGUCGAUUGAGUUUCGGGAAAAGCAUUCCUUCAUAAGGAGCGGCUUGUCUCUUCUGGCGAAGUACAUAGACACGAAGUGUGCGGUGUGGCAUUUCCUGGAAGCCAGAGCCUAUGGAUCAGUAUCAGUACUCACACAUCGGUUCGCGGUUGUAUUGUUUCACCGUUUCCAGCAAAGAUUAUUCUUUCAAAAGUGUCCUGACCGCGAACAUUCGCAUUCAUACAGGUUUCUAUCGGUACAAAUAUGAUAACACAUGCUACAGAGCCACCGCACAGAUUGUUCGGCCUCCUACUUACAGAAAGAAGUGCAGAACAACCGGAAUUAACGGAGCAACUUGAAGGUAGAAUCUGCACUGUGUUCAUGCAGGUUUGUGGUAGAAGCUCCCAUCCUAACCAGCAAUUUCACAUAAUCACCACAAAGGUCUAUAAGCUUAACUACAAACCCGCAAUGCUCGUUUGCCGCUUGCAACUGUCCUACGAUGAGAAAAAUCUAGCGGGAACACGGAACAAUGAGCAGAGCCACCAGAAACUACCCAACCUACUGCGGGCAAUCGAUUCUGAACGUUAAUCUACUAUUAAUUUAACGUUAACACUGUAAAAACAUGUAUUUAAUGAAGAUAUAUAAACCAUACAUUGUUCAACAUAUAA